AUGCUCCCAAAGACACUCGUACAUUUGACUAUCGCCGGCGAUGUGAUCACAGGUAGACUGGACAAUGUGUUACCAGUUGGUCUAAAGACAUUGGACCUCGGACUCUCCAAAUGGAACCAUCCAAUUACCCCAGGAACCCUACCGUCAAAGUUGGAUACAAUCAUCUUUGGCCAAUACUUUAAUCAACCAUUAUCCAGGAGCAAUCUACCAGAGUCACUCACACGACUCGAGUUAAACAUGGCAUUUAAUCAUCCACUGGAUCGUGAUACACUACCUCCAUCACUACUUCAACUUGUAUUCCAAGGCUCAGUCUACCGUCACCCAUUGCCCAACCUCCCAACAACAGUCACAAAACUGUCAAUGCCCAACUAUAACAAUCAUGUGAUAGGAAUGUCUGACACCACCCUCUACUCGCGACCCAACAUAUUUCCUCACCUCAAGGAACUAUUAUUCGCAGAGAUGCCAUACUCUAGUCUUGCGGCAAUCAUCUCUUACUCCUUCCCUUCACUCGAGGAACUCAAGAUUGAAAAGUUCAAAGAGACGCGACCUCUGGAGGAGAAUGACCUUAGCACGCUACCCUCAACACUUCGAUCUCUACACAUUGCACCAAACGGACCGAUCACUUCAUUCGCUCAUACACCAUUGGACAACCUAUUCAUCAAUUGUGGACGAUCCAGGGACACUUUCACUCUAGAGUCUUCACAAAUAUGGCCAUCAUCAUUAUUGUCACUCUCACUCAUUGAUUACAACAUCCCAAUACUACCUGGUGACCUCCCACCAAGCAUAACAUCACUACACAUUCAUGCCUUCCAUUACCAUAUCCAACCAGAGUCAUUGCCUCCAACACUCCGAUCACUCAAUCUAACAUAUUGCACCAACGUUGAUGAAUUCCUUCACCAGAUACCCAAGUCCGUCGUAAAGUUGGAGAGCCAUACAUUCUACAAAGAGUAUUGUUUCAAGCUCCUUCGUAUCUCAGAGACUGUGUUCCUUCGUAUCAAUUACAAUGACAUUACAACAUGUGAGUUCGUCGUUAUUGACAACAUUCGUCGAGCUCAAUUCAUCAAGAACAUUGGACAUUAA